AUGGCUGAGUCUUUUGAAGAUUUGGCCACUUUGCCUACUAACUACAGCCCCAUCACCCACAAUUCUGCCAUGAAUGGGACAUUAAUGGUUUUCCAGGGUUUGCAGCUGGUGCAAAGGCUAAAGCUGCUGAUCAUCCUGAUGUACACAGGUGUGGUCCUUAUUGGGAUGGUAGGGAACUGCCUUCUGGUUCAUGUCAUCCUCCGCGUCAAGAAGAUGCACAACAUCACCAACUUCCUAAUUGGGAACCUAGCCCUUUCUGAUGUGGCCAUGUGUGCCACCUGUGUCCCGUUCACACUUGCCUAUGUUUUUGAGCCCCGCGGAUGGAUUUUCAGCAGCACACUGUGCUAUUUUGUCUACUUCAUGCAGCCGGUCACUGUCUAUGUCUCCAUCUUCACCUUGGCCACCAUCGCUGUCGACCGGUACAUUGUCAUUAUGCACCCGCUGCGCCGCCGCAUCUCCUUCCAGCUAACUGCCUACAUGGUCCUCUUCAUCUGGAUUCUCUCCUGCUGCUUGGCACUGCCAGCGAUGGCGCACACUUAUUACGUGGAGCUGGAUCAGCAGGGAGUCACCCUCUGUGAGGAGUUCUGGGGGGAACAAGAGCACCAGAGACAAACCUAUGCCUUUUGCCUGCUGGUCAUCACCUACCUCUUCCCUCUGCUGGCCAUCCUGAUAUCCUACAUCAAGAUCUCUCUGAAGCUAAAGAACAGGGUGAUGCCAGGGACGGUCACCCAGAACCAGGCUGACUGGGACAGAGCAAGAAGGAAGAAGACGUUCUGCCUGCUGGUCAUGGUGGUCGUAGUCUUUGGGGUAUGCUGGCUUCCCCUUCACAUCUUCAACCUUAUUCGGGACAUUAACAUCAGUGCUAUUGAUUCUUAUUAUUUCAGUCUGGUCCAGCUGGUUUGCCACUGGUUUGCUAUGAGCUCAGCAUGUUAUAACCCUUUCAUAUAUGCUUGGCUGCAUGACAGCUUUAGGGAAGAGCUUAAAAAAAUACUUGUCUGGAAUAGGAAAGUAGUUCCUUCUGGGCAAAGUGUGACCGUAACUGUUGUUAUCUGA